AUGACCCGUUCUGAUCCCCAGAUCAACAUGGACGCCAUCGUCAUCGGAGGUGGUUUCGGCGGCUGCAACUCUCUCUACAAGCUUCGCAAGAUGGGCUUGUCCGUGAAGCUUAUUGAGGCGGGCAGUGCCUUCGGGGGCGUAUGGUACUGGAACAGAUACCCUGGUGCGCGUGUCGAUUCCGAAAUGCCAUCGUAUCAGUUCAAUAUUCCUGCUGUCUGGAAAGACUGGAAUUGGUCCGAGAGGUUCCCAGGAGACGAUGAACUGCGCCAAUAUUUCCAGCACGUUGACUCGGUUCUCGGUCUCAGCGAGGAUACCUUCUUCAACACCGUUGUGACAGGCGUGGAGUACGAUAAUACCACCCACCGAUGGACUGUUCACACCAACACUGGGCUACAGGCUACCUGCAAAUACCUGAUCACCGCUACCGGGUCCUCCUACAAGAAGCAUUACCCGCAAUUUACCGGCCUGGGCACCUAUGCAGGUCAGCUUGUUCAUUCCGCUGACUAUCCUGACAAGUUGGAUGUGAAGGGCAAGCGAGUCGGCAUCGUCGGAAAUGGCGCUUCGGGCCUCCAAAUCGUACAGGAACUGGCCAAACAAGACUGCCAGCUGACGGUUUUCAUACGCACGCCCUGUUUUGCCAUUCCGAUGAAGCAGCGUGUAAUUUCUCCGGAAGAAUCCAACAUGCUCAAAGGCUACUAUGACGGUCUUUUCGAACGAUCCUACAAGUCUGAGGCAGGAUUUCCGCACAACACUCUGUUCCAGUCCGCGCACCAAGCCACUCCCGAAGAGCGAAAUAAGCUUUUUGAUGAGUUGUGGGAACGAGGCGGGUACAGCUUUUUGGUGUCCAACUACUACGACUUCCUGCUUGACGAAGGGGCAAACUCCAUCUUCUACGACUACUGGGUCCAGCAGGUGCGCGCCCGUAUGACCGACCAAAAGAAGAUGGACAUCGUGGCGCCGCUUAAACAAAAGUAUCUUGUCGGGACGAAGCGGCCUAGCUUGGAGCAAGACUACUACGAAAUGAUCGAUCGCCCUAAUGUCGCGCUGCACGACUUGAAGAGGUCCCCCAUCGUCGAAUUUGAUGCCAGCGGAGUAGUGACUCGCGAUGGAGACGCGACACAGCACCAUGAUUUGGAUGUCGUAAUCUUUGCUACUGGCUACGACGCCGUCACGGGUAGUCUGCUUGACAUGUCGAUCACCGAUAAGAACGGAAUUCCCUUGGCAAAGAAGUGGCAGAACGGUGUUCUCACCCAUCUGGGGAUUAUGGUUCCAGACGCACCGAAUUUCUUCAUGGUCUAUGGACCCCAAGCCCCAACAUCCUUGGCUAACGGCCCACCGUUUAUUGAGAUGGAAGUUAACUGGAUCUGCAACGCAAUUGGCAAGAUGGAGAAUGACGGCCUGAACUCAAUUGAGCCCACCCUCUCUGCGGCAAAGGCAUGGCGCGACCAGGUGGUUGCUGUUAGCCAACAUACAUUGUAUCCGAAGACUGACUCAUGGUACAUGGGGACAAACAUCCCUGGUAAACGGCGAGAGCCGCUGAUUUACUUGGGUGGAAUACAGAGCUGGUGGAAGAGCUGUAACGCGGCAUUGGAUCGGUGGGAUGGGUUUCAGACAGAACGUUGA